GCUGUCUGUCGCUUACAAAAAUUAGCCUGUUCCAUUGCCGGGUCAGGGCGACAGUUUUUGAUCGCACUUGCAUUGGUGGCGUGACCAACUUUCUGUUUGCCCGUUUCGUCGUCUGUUUGUCGGUGCUGACGGAUUUCUUUUGUGGGAUCCUCAUUUAGACCCGGCUUUCGCUGUGCCGUCCAUUCUUUCCCUCCCUCCACCUGCACGUAUUGUUGGGUCGCCGAAUACCCCAGCUAUCUUCGUUCUCCUCACUGAUGCCAGUGAGGAGGGUUGGAGAGCGGUUUGGGGCGAGCAUGUAGCCAGAGGCAGAUUUUUGGUAUCCCUAGAUGGAACCACUCGCCCCUCUUGCCCCGCCUUCGCCUUUGUCGUCCUUCCAGCAAUUGGCGUGAGUUGGCAGCUGUUUUGUUUGCCCUUCAGCGCUGGGCUCCUUUCUGGCGGGAUGGUUUAGUGGCUCUUGGGUCAGACAAUAGCAAUGUCGUGUCAUGCAUUAAUAAGCGCCGCAGUUCUUUUCGCGGCAUCAUGCAUGUCGCUCUUCUUCAUUCGCAUCUUCAUUUCAUGAUGUGCAUUAUCUGUCGUCUUCCUUGAUUUCUCACAUCGCGCAAAGGCUGCGCUUGCGUUUCACUUUGCAUUUCGGCUGUCUUCUCCCGUCUGACUCGCCUGUUUCCGUCGCUUGCCAUCCCUGCAUUCUACUGUAGACCGAGUGUCCGGCCCCAUUCUUCUGACUCCCUCUACUGGUUUGACCGUCCAAGCGUUCAAUUUACGUUGCUCGUCUUUGCCAAGUGUCAAUUCCCGGUAGUUGUGGUCAUUCAUAAGCCUCUCUCUCUUACUGCCACUCGCCUUGCCCACCGCUUUUCUGAGUUGCUGCAGUGGCCGAAAGGCUCUCGUGUAUUGUCAUUGGCAAGGAUAGCUUCUGACGGCUCUGUUGUGCAUUCUUCACACUGUCAGCCAGCCAAACAUUCCCUUCCGGUCUGCUUUCUUAUGCCCUCGCCUUCUUAACCUUCUUCUUGGUGUGUUUGUGUCUGUGUGUGUGUUGUAGGUCUCAGGCGAUGUCGGCUAUUUCUCUCUCUCACCCGCCCUACCGUCCGCUCCCGACAUCUUUUUGUACAUUCUGCGGUGGAUCGGGCUUUAUGUCUGUUGCCCCGUAUCCAUCUCCUCCCUUACUCGCACAUGCACGCGUUGCUUGUAUAUGCCAAUCGUCGGGCGUUUAUGCGAGGAUUGCGUCGUGUCUCUGACAAUACUUACUGUGGUAAGCUCCCUAUCCCACCCGUCGGUUGGCGUCUGGACGUGCGUAUGUGGCUAUGUGUGUAUCUGCAGACGUCAGUCAAUGUGCGGGUUAUUCAGAUGAGGGCAGUAUGACCAUUCAAUUUUCCCUGGACAACACACAUCUCAUGAGGUCGGCAAAAAGCACCCUGACUCAUGCCAUCCAUCGCGGUGCAUUGCUGUCUCCUACUCAGGAGGGCCACAGGGACGCUUCCGCUGAAGGUUGCAGCAAAGUGAUGGAGCGCACGUACGCAGCGUCAGCUCGUUGUGCAGAGGCCUUCGAGCUGCUUGGGGGUUACUGCAGCCUGAUGGCCGUGAUGCCCUUUGGUCAGGCCGCCAAGUACAUCAUCACGGUCGUGGAGGCGCACCUGGACAAGUAAGCACCACACACACACACACUGCAUCACCAAGAUGUGUAUCACUUGUAGGCCGUGUGCCUUAGGUUCCCGAUGCGUUCACUUAAUCCCGACGGCGCCGUCCAAGUGGGCCGCCUUCGCCAAACGCCUUCCACACUCUAGUGCAAAGACAGAUGCAUACACACAGUCACACAUACAUGCUCACUGGGGCGAGCCUUUUUUCUCGUUUUGCUGCGCAUGUGUGCACCUAUGCCAAGCGUGGAUCAUCUGAUCGUGUCAGUUUUGCGUGGAUGUAUGCAUGAGUGUCGUCGCCGAUUUUCCGCAGUCCUGUCGAGCGUGUCAUUCCACUUCUAGUUCUGUCUGCAUCCAUGUAUACAUGAAGCUGGCUUUUCUCCAUUGCAUGUAGGAGGGAGAGUGCACAUCAGAGCGCUCGUUUCGUGUGCAUGCACCCUCUCACACGUGCAUACGUUUUUUCUUCAUGCCAUCUUUUUUCGAUGCCGUCCGAUAGAUAGAGCCGUCAGUCAGUGCCAUCCUGUGUCGUCCUCUUUGUAUCAGCUAGGGCUGUGAGAGAGAGAGUAACUGCUUCCUUCUUUUGCAUCAGUCAGUCGCUAGGUCAGUCGCCGUUCACCACACACCUCUUACAUGCACGAUGCCACGCUUGAUGCACAUGCAUGCACGCAUAGAUUAUCUACGCACACGUGCACACACACGCACAUGCUUACUGGGGCGAAUCCUUCUCUCUCGCCUCGGUGCACAUGUGUCAUCAUGUGUGUGCGCAUGUGUGCCAUCUGCAUCUAUGUAUGUAUGCUUGUUGAGCGAGCCAGGCCACUCUCUGCGUGGCGGUGUUGUGUGGGAUGUCCUCUGUGUGAGAGUCCACAGCGCGUGCGUGUCACAUUACUUCUGUCUGCAUGCAUUCAUAGGUGAGACUGGCUAUUUUACAUUCCAUCGUAUUGCUGAGCUGGCAUGAUGCGUAUGCCCAAGUGUGUGUCGAUAGUCAAGACAGACAGGUGGAUGAAUUGUGAUGCAUGCAUGCGUGUUUACGAUGACUGGACGGGUGGGUGGGUGGCCUUGCGCAUUGGCUGGCAACACAUUAC